UUCUAAUCCAAAAACUUUCCAAUACAGAACUAGUUAAACUCUUCAUAAUGAAAAACAACAGGCUUGUGGAAUUUCUCAACUCCUUGCUUUCAAAAAUUCCCAAAUUUGAAGAUGUAUUUGACGAGAAGAGCUUCUAUCGCCUUGUCUACCUUGUAAUUGCAGCUUCAAUUCUUUUUGUUUUUCUAAUGGUUAAGGUAUUCAAAGUUCGAGUUCGUGAAUACCCCUUCAAUUUACCCGAGCGUGCAGGAUGGCGUGAUUGGAAACCAGCAAAUCCUUUCCAUUUUCCAUGGCAACAACAAAAGGCUAGAAAACGGCAUUCAAAAGGAAGAAGACGAAUUCGAAGUGACGAAUAAAUUGGUUCAAAUUAGUCAAGUUUUUUUAGUUUUUUUCUUAUUUUUGAAAUUUAAACGAUCUCUCAGUAACCCUUUUAUGAUUUUCUCACAUAUAAAUAUUUUUACAACUUUCUUCCUA